AUGAGGCCAAUUUCAUCUGCUCUUAAAUUAAAAACUAAUGAUAGUUAAGAAAAACGACUCAGAAGUGCAGUCUAAUUCAAAUUAGUAGACUCUUAAAAGUAUGAAUAAGUGAAUAAUUUUGGAUAGAUUAAAGAAUGUGCUUAUAAAACAAUCACAAACUUCAUAAUAGUCGUUAUCACAACAAUCAAGAUUAUAAAGUGGAACAACUUACAACACAACUCAACGAACUGGAUAUUCUACACAUAGAAUGAAUGAAGCAGAAUAUGAUUCAGGUUCUAACUCUGCAUUUAGAGGUCAAAUUAAAAUGAGAUCAACUUUUCAUUCAAGCAGAAAUAAUCUUAUAAGAAGAGUAGACUCUUAAUUCAGUUUAGACAAUAAAUAAGAAUCAUCCCCUUAAGAAACUAAUAGAACUGCUAUUCCAGUACCGAAAAAUAGACUAUUUCAAUAAGCAAGUAGAUCUCAAUAGAAAUAAUUAAUUGUUACAUAAGAAAAUAUUGAUUCUAAUGAAGUGAAAAGAAGAAUGAAAUUUGAUCCUUAAGUUAAAUAACAAGUUAUCUAUUUUAAAAUAUUGAAUAUAUCUAAUAUUGGAUUAAAGAAUUAUUUACUUUACCUUUAUAAGUAAUAAAAACAUUUGAUUGAUUUAGUCAAAUCCAAAGCUGAAAAUUAAGUAAUAAUUGCAUUUCAAUUAGUUAAUUGAUUUUUCAUAAUAAAUUUUAACAUUUUCUAUAGGAACCUUAUCUCCAAUAGCAUUAAUUGAAACUCUUAGUUUUGCUGCUUCUAUGCUUGAAUUAACAUCAUAACUUGAUUGGGCCAUCUUUUAUCAUAAUUAAACUAGAAUUAUGGCUAAUUAUGCAAAAUAAACAAUGGAUAAAUAUAAAAUGAAAUCUUUGAUUGGACUUGGAAAUUGUUCAAUUAAAAUGUAAUAAUAUGAGAUUGGAAUUAAAUUCUUUAAAAAAUGUUUACAAUAUUCAUGGUUAAAUAAUGAUUUAGAUUAUGAAAAUGAAGUAUACUCAAAAUUAGGUGUUUGUUAUUAUUAUCUAGGAGACAUUGAAAAAGUAUAUCAUUUAUUUAUUAAAGACUAAAUAUUAUCAUGAAAGAGCUAUUACAUAUGACUAUGAAGUAGAGAGUUCUCCAUUACGUUAAAUGAGUUCAGAUACACUUAAAGUCUUCUUAAAUAAAAAUUUCAAUAGAAAUUAUGCUGAAACCAUAAAUACUCCUCUCUUAAAUAGAUUAAAUUUACCUCUUCCUUAAGAUAUAUUGUCAAUAUCAUAAUAAGAAAUACAGAAUGAAUCUCUUACAAUGAUCAAUCCUAGAAUCUUUAAUGAAUCAAAGGUUUCAUCAACAAGAAGAAGUUCCAUUUUUGAAACAAAUCCUCAUAUUAAAUUGUUCUCUACAAUGUAAAUUGAUGGUCUAAGAAUUUAAUAAGAGAUUUUAUCAACUUAAGAAUUUGAAGUAGAAGUUUAUACUCCAAAACAUUCAUGUAUAAAUUAAUUAUAAAUAAAUUAAUAGUUAAAUCAGAAAGUAAAUGUUUUGAUUUUAUAAGAAAUAAAAAAAUACAUCCUUAAGAUAUUUUUCAUGAUAUAAAAUAUAAAACAAAUCCUUUCAUUUUAUCAGAUCUUGGUGUAAUAAAAAGUUAAAAUGAUGAAAAUCCUAUUGAGAAUCCUCAAAUAUAUAAAUUACCUUUAGAUCAAUAAAUUGAUAUUAGAUUGAAAAAGAAGAUAUAUGUAGAUAUCUAAGCAAAAUUAAAGAAAUUAAUGGAUUACAAAUAUCAUACUAAAACAUAAAUGAAGAAUAAAAUUUUGGUAGUAAUUUAAUUUAAAUGAAGAUUACACACAAAAAUGUUGAGAAUGAAAAAAGACAUUAUGCUGCAGAUUAAAUUAAAAUUCUUGAAAAUGUAUCAAAAAAUUUUGAAAAUCUUAUUGAAAAUUUGAUAAAUUUACAAUGA